AUGGAAGACCAAAGAGGGGGCUUCACCCAUGUCUGGCGACGCUGGGUUACCCCUAAACCCAAUAAUCCUGAGAGAUUUUCCCAGGAUGAAAAUCAAAUGACAAUGGGUGAGCCCCAGUGGGCAGAGACACUUAGUGCAGGCACACUGGAAGAGCUGGUGGACCACUUGGUGCCUGCCCAGCUGACAGGGGAGCCCUUCUUCAUCCCCACCUUUCUGUCCAGCUACAGAAGGUUUACCAAUGCCCAGCAGGUGCUGGACCUGCUGUUCAUAAGGUUCCACAGGUGUGAAGCCCUCUUGGACUCCUAUAGAGAUGGUGAAAUCCUUCCCUAUUCCUCUGAGAAGAUCAUCCCACAAGACCAGCUCAGAAAUGCCAUCUCCUCCAUCUUGGGCACCUGGCUGGAUCUGUACUCAGAGGAUUUCUGCCAACCUCUGCAAAGUUCAUGCUUCAAGAAACUAAUGGCUUACCUGCAGUCGUACAUGCCUGGUUCUGACGUGAUAUCUCGUGUCAACACUCUCCUGGGCCAGAUGGAGGCCCUGGAGCCCAGCAAGGCUGAGUCUGAGGGUGUUUCACCAGCCCAAAAUCCUUACGAAGAGUUGACGCCAACCCAACCUGCAGCUGUGGUUCCCUGCCUAACAGGAAAACCAGUGUCAUAUUCAGAGAGCCAGCUAGCUCCAUCUGUGCCUCUGGUGCCUGUCCCAGUGGGAGUGAAAGGCUCUAGUUCUGAGUGGGAGCCCAAUUCAGAUUUAGCACAAGCCUCAGUUUGUGUGGAAAGCCCAGCAGGAGAAUUGGCCUCAGCUUCACAGCUGGAGCCAACUCCACCUGUGGCUCUGGUGCCCAGUUCAGCAGGAGAACCAUCAUCAGCUAGCUGCAACCUAGAGUCUGUGGCUCUGAUGCCAACCUCAGCAGCAGAACCAAUACCAUGUAUAAAGCUGGAACAAGAGUCAGCUCCAGCACCUGCUCUUGAGCUGGAGCCAGAUCCUGUUGUGGGUCAAGAGCCUAAGCCCUAUGCGGAACCUCUUCCAGAGCUGGGCACAGCAGUCCCAGGUUCCAUUGAUUCAGAGCCUGAGGAGGCAUCAGGUUCCUCAGGAGACCCUUCAAAUCUUUCUUGUGGAACCUCACAGAACUGGAUGAACAAGGAGAAGCUGGAUUUCUUGGCUUUUCCUCCUGAUCUGGUGGCCAAGCAACUCACCAUGAUGGAUGUGGAACUAUUCAAAAAGGUAGUGCCCUACCAAUGCUUGGGCUCUAUCUGGUCCAAGAGUGACAAGAAGGUCAAGGAGCACUUAGCCCCAACCGUCUGGGCCAACAUCACACACUUCAACAGCGUGUCCUCCUGUGUAAUCACAAGCUGUCUUGGGGAUCACAGCAUAAGGGCCCCAGACAGAGCUCUUCUGGUGCACCAGUGGAUCAAGGUGGCCUGGGAGUGCCUAGUGCUGAGGAACUUCUCCUCCAUGUUUGCCAUCAUCUCUGCACUGCAAAGUUCUUCCAUCCACCGCCUGAAGAGGACCUGGGAAAUGGUUUCCAGGGAUAGCUUCCAAAGAUUUCACAAACUGUCAGAGAUAAUUGCUCCAGAUAAUAACCAUACCAGGUGCAGAGAACUGCUAUUCAAGGACACUUCCAUAGUUUCCACCAAGGAGAAGAAGGCCAAGAGAGGUCUGCGGCUGUCAAAGGAGUUGGUGAGUAACGGUGCCCAAGGCCCCAGCUGUGUAAGAGAAGAGAGUUCCCCUGGAGAUCUUUUUACCUUUCCCCCACUCCUCUAUAUGCACUCUGAGAAAUGGGCUCAUGUCUUCAGCAUUCUGGCCCUGUUUUCACUGUGGAAGAGGUGCUGGACCCACCAGAACCAGGGCUAUAGAGAAGCUGGGUGGCACAGGCUACACCAGCUGGGGUUCUUUAAUGCCAGUAUGGGACAUACCCUGAUGCAGAUGCGGUUUGGAGUUCCAACUGCCACCGAGAAGCUCAACACAGAACUGCCAUAUGAUCCCCAGCAUACUCUAAUAACGAAGCCCCUGUGGGGCCUGGGAUGGCUGAGCACCUCUUGGGAGAGGAUCCAUGGGCCUAACUUACCAUCCCUACCAAUCUUACAGGUGCUAGUCAAGGGCACUAUUCCCUACCUAGGAAUUAUCCUAAAGGACCUCAUGAUGAUUGACACUGCCUUUCAGGACUUCCUGGAUGAGGGAGUAAUUAAUUUCCAGAAAUUGAGAAAGGAAUUCGAUGUGAUGGAGCAGGUGAGGCAGCUGCAGUCCACCUGCAAUUAUUAUACCUUCACACCAGAACAACACUUUCUUACCUGGUUCAGGGGCCUAGAGCGGCUCAGCGAGAAGGCCAGUUAUGACCUGUCUCUUGCACUGGAGCCCCGGACCCAGAAUAACAGCAAAAGCCUUAAUACCAAGAAGCGCUUUGGCAUUGGCAAGGCCUGGAAGAACCGCCAGGCCCAGAAAACUGACCUCAAUACUAGUGGAAGCUCCCAGUCCACACCACUGGAUCAGGCCAAGUGUGGCCCUAACAACAGCAGUGGGGACAUCCUGGAAGUGACCUCACACAAUAACAGGAAGCUGGCUGGCUCAUCUAGCUCCCACAUAGACCUCAACAGGAGCCUCAACAAAGAAUCCUCUGAAUUCCGGGAAAAGGUCUGGAAAUCAGCCUCCCCCUCAUCUCCAGGAAUUUCAGAGACCUCCUUGUCUUCCAUCACCACCUCCACACCCUCAGCCUCUACCAAAUCUGCGGCUAACAGAGGCAAUAUGAAGAGCCCUGUGUCUGAGGUUAGAAGCAAGAGCUCCACCAUGCCUUUGUAUAACCAGCAGAUAGGAGACUCCUGUGUUAUCAGGGUGAGCCUACAAGAGGACACAGGAAAUGUAUACAAAAGCAUCCUGGUGACAAACCAGGAGAAGACCCGGGAUAUCAUCCUGAAGGCCAUGAAGAAACAUUUCUUGCAUGGUUACAAUCCAGAGCACUUGGAGCUGGUCCAGAUCAUAUCAGAGGAUAGAAAGCUGAGGAUCCCUGGGGAUGCUAAUCUUUUCUAUGCCAUGAACAGCAUGGCGAAGUAUAAUUUUAUGCUGCAAAAGUCGACCUUUCCUGGAGCAACAGUCAAGCAAGGAGCCAGGUCCACCAUACAGGAAGAGAAAGGAUGGAAAAACCACAGGACACCAUUAGUGGGUGUCUCCCCUGGUUGGCCUCCAACUAAGUACUUCCAAACUCAAGUCCCCAAGCCACACUGUACUUGCCACUCUGCUCAUCUCCAGGUCACACUCAGAAUCACGUAUCCACAGUCUCCUCCUUCUGUCAGAAUUACACUUGAAAUUGGACAGUGUCCUAUCAUCCAGGACUCCCGGAAGUACCUCAGGGGCCAACUCCUGUUGAGGGUGGAGGAAUGCUCAUGA